GAGGCUACGCGACCAUGGUGGUGAGGGUCCCACGCGGCCGUCAGCCUGUCCGUCCGGAUGUCAGUCUGUCCGUGCGCAGCCCCGCCCCGCGCGCCCCGCCCCCGGCCCCGCCCGAUCCCGCGGCCUGUGCUUCAGCCGUGGUCCCUCCCGUCCUGCGGCCCCAUCCCGGGUCCCAGCCCGUACCUCGACCCCGCCCCCUAAGCGCGCAUCCCCGUCUUCCACGCCCUGGAUGGGGUGACAGAGACCUAGGGCCCGGGCUGGGAGGAGGCGGGGCUGGUCCAGGAAGGGACCCGCGCCACCCAAGUGGCCCCUGCAGGGGCCUCCUGAGGCUCCUGGGUCUUUCCCCAGCCCCCAUCCCAGCACCUUCCUCGGCAUCCUUCUGCCAGCCCUCAGCCCUCCCCGGCGGAGCCCCCUCCUCCUCCCCACAGCCCCUUUCUCAUUCCCGAGCCCCACCCCCCACCCGCUCCAUCCCCAGCCUGACCCUUUUCUUCUCCUUCUCCCUCAUUUUCACCCUAUCCCAGUUCCUCUCAAUCCCCCCCGCCCAGCAUCAGUCUGAGCCUUUGCCUCGUCUCUCCAGCCACUCCUUCCUUACUCCACCCCAACAGGCCAGCACUGUACCUCCCUUGAUCCUCGGGUCUGCUCCAUCUCCUUGUCCUCAUCCCCCUCCCCCACCAUUUCCCUCUCCCACCAUGCUGCUCCCGCUCAUUCGUCCAUUCAUUCCCUCACUUAGCAGACAUUCACUGAGACCGCCUCUGUGCAGGCCCCACGCUCCAGGCACAGAGAGAGUCAGCUCCCAUCCUGCCUUGGGGAACCUUAUGGGCUGGAGGGGGACAGACCCUGAGGGUGAGACCCUGAGGGUGACUGGGGGUUGCAGGGACAUGGAGCAGGGAGAUGCUACAGCCCAGUGAAUCUGUCUGGCAGCUGGUUAAUUUAUUCAUCAGAUUUUACCCAGUCCCUGCUGCGCGACUGGGCUGGCACUGGGGACCCAGAAAAGAAUCAGGAACAAUCAUGUCUGAACACCAACUCAAUGCCCAGCUCUAUGCUGGGGAGCUUAGUCUGGGGCCCUCCUUCUGGGAGGCCGGUCAUAGUCCAAUGAGAGAGAUGAACUUGUCACCACCAGUGCCAUCUCAGAGUGAUCAGAGCUGUGAAGGGAGAAGCUCUGGUCAAGGCAUGGAACCUGGGAUGGGGAAACCUCAGGGGAUGGAGAGAGUCCAGAGGAGAUGCCAGGCGCAGCCUGAAGGGUCAGGGAGAACUUCCUGGAGGAGGGCACAUGCACGCAGCACUGACAGCCUGGAUGGCCCAGGGGAGGGCUCGGUGCAGCCUCUACCCACUGCUGGGGGGCCCAGUGUGAAGGGGAAGCCUGGGAAGAGGCUCUCAGCUCCUCGAGGCCCCUUCCCACGGCUGGCUGACUGCGCCCAUUUCCACUACGAGAACGUUGACUUUGGCCACAUUCAGCUCCUGCUGUCUCCAGACCGUGAAGGGCCCAGCCUCUCUGGAGAGAAUGAGCUGGUGUUCGGGGUGCAGGUGACCUGUCAGGGCCGUUCCUGGCCGGUUCUCCGGAGUUACGAUGACUUUCGUUCCCUGGAUGCCCACCUCCACCGAUGCAUAUUUGACCGGAGGUUCUCCUGCCUUCCGGAGCUUCCCCCGCCCCCCGAGGGUGCCAGGGCUGCCCAGAUGCUGGUGCCACUGCUGCUGCAGUACCUGGAGACACUGUCAGGACUGGUGGACAGUAACCUCAACUGCGGGCCUGUGCUCACCUGGAUGGAGCUGGACAAUCAUGGCCGGCGACUGCUCCUCAGUGAGGAGGCGUCACUCAAUAUCCCUGCAGUGGCGGCCGCCCAUGUGAUCAAACGGUAUACAGCCCAGGCGCCAGAUGAGCUGUCCUUUGAGGUGGGAGACAUUGUCUCGGUGAUCGACAUGCCACCCACAGAGGAUCGGAGCUGGUGGCGGGGCAAGCGAGGCUUCCAGGUCGGGUUCUUCCCCAGUGAGUGUGUGGAACUCUUCACAGAGCGGCCAGGUCCGGGCCUGAAGGCGGAUGCUGAUGGCCCCCCAUGUGGCAUCCCGGCUCCCCAGGGUAUCUCGUCUCUGACCUCAGCUGUGCCACGGCCUCGUGGGAAGCUGGCCGGCCUGCUCCGCACCUUCAUGCGCUCCCGCCCUUCUCGGCAGCGGCUGCGGCAGCGGGGAAUCCUGCGACAGAGGGUGUUUGGCUGCGAUCUUGGCGAGCACCUCAGCAACUCAGGCCAGGAUGUGCCCCAGGUGCUGCGCUGCUGCUCCGAGUUCAUUGAGGCCCACGGGGUGGUGGAUGGGAUCUACCGGCUCUCAGGCGUGUCUUCCAACAUCCAGAGGCUUCGGCACGAGUUUGACAGUGAGAGGAUCCCGGAGCUGUCUGGCCCUGCCUUCCUGCAGGACAUCCACAGCGUGUCCUCCCUCUGCAAGCUCUACUUCCGAGAGCUUCCGAACCCUCUGCUCACCUACCAGCUCUAUGGGAAGUUCAGUGAGGCCAUGUCAGUGCCUGGGGAGGAGGAGCGUCUGGUGCGGGUGCACGAUGUCAUCCAGCAGCUGCCCCCGCCACAUUACAGGACCCUGGAGUACCUGCUGAGGCACCUGGCCCGCAUGGCGAGACACAGUGCCAACACCAGCAUGCAUGCCCGCAACCUGGCCAUUGUCUGGGCACCCAACCUGCUACGGUCCAUGGAGCUGGAGUCAGUGGGAAUGGGUGGCGCGGCGGCGUUCCGGGAAGUUCGGGUGCAGUCGGUGGUGGUGGAGUUUCUGCUCACCCAUGUGGACGUCCUGUUCAGCGACACCUUCACCUCCGCCGGCCUCGACCCUGCAGGCCGCUGCCUGCUCCCCAGGCCCAAGUCCCUUGCGGGCAGCUGCCCCUCCACCCGCCUGCUGACGCUGGAGGAAGCCCAGGCACGCACCCAGGGCCGGCUGGGGACGCCCACGGAGCCCACAACUCCCAAGGCCCCGGCCUCACCUGCGGAAAGGAGGAAAGGGGAGAGAGGGGAGAAGCAGCGGAAGCCAGGGGGCAGCAGCUGGAAGACGUUCUUUGCACUGGGCCGGGGCCCCAGUGUCCCUCGAAAGAAGCCCCUGCCCUGGCUGGGGGGCACCCGUGCCCCACCGCAGCCUUCAGGCAGCAGACCCGACACCGUCACACUGAGAUCUGCCAAGAGCGAGGAGUCUCUGUCAUCGCAGGCCAGCGGGGCUGGCCUCCAGAGGCUGCACAGGCUGCGGCGACCCCACUCCAGCAGCGACGCUUUCCCUGUGGGCCCAGCACCUGCUGGCUCCUGCGAGAGCCUGUCCUCGUCCUCCUCCUCCGAGUCCUCCUCCUCUGAGUCCUCCUCUUCAUCCUCUGAGUCCUCAGCAGCUGGGCUGGGGGCACUCUCUGGGUCUCCCUCACACCGUACCUCAGCCUGGCUAGAUGAUGGUGAUGAGCUGGACUUCAGCCCACCCCGCUGCCUGGAGGGACUCCGGGGGCUGGACUUUGAUCCCUUAACCUUCCGCUGCAGCAGCCCCACCCCAGGGGAUCCCGCACCUCCCGCCAGCCCAGCACCCCCCGCCCCUGCCUCUGCCUUCCCACCCAGGGUGACCCCCCAGGCCAUCUCGCCCCGGGGGCCCACCAGCCCCGCCUCGCCUGCUGCCCUAGACAUCUCAGAGCCCCUGGCUGUAUCAGUGCCACCCGCUGUCCUAGAACUGCUGGGGGCUGGGGGAGCACCUGCCUCAGCCACCCCAACACCAGCUCUCAGCCCCGGCCGGAGCCUGCGCCCCCAUCUCAUACCCCUGCUGCUGCGUGGAGCCGAGGCCCCGCUGACUGACGCCUGCCAGCAGGAGAUGUGCAGCAAGCUCCGGGGAGCCCAGGGCCCACUCGGUCCUGAUAUGGAGUCACCACUGCCACCCCCUCCCCUGUCUCUCCUGCGCCCUGGGGGUGCCCCACCCCCGCCCCCUAAGAACCCAGCACGCCUCAUGGCCCUGGCCCUGGCUGAGCGGGCUCAGCAGGUGGCCGAGCAACAGAGCCAGCAGGAGUGUGGGGGCACCCCACCUGCUCCCCAAUCCCCCUUCCACCGCUCGCUGUCUCUGGAGGUGGGCGAGGAGCCCCUGGGGACCUCAGGGAGUGGGCCACCUCCCAACUCCCUAGCCCACCCGGGUGCCUGGGUCCCGGGACCCCCACCCUACUUACCAAGGCAACAAAGUGAUGGAAGCCUGCUGAGGAGCCAGCGGCCCAUGGGGACCUCAAGGAGGGGACUCCGAGGCCCUGCCCAGGUCAGUGCCCAGCUCAGGGCAGGUGGCGGGGGCAGGGAUGCGCCAGAGGCAGCAGCCCAGUCCCCAUGUUCUGUCCCCUCACAGGUUCCUACCCCCGGCUUCUUCUCCCCAGCCCCCAGGGAGUGCCUGCCACCCUUCCUCGGGGUCCCCAAGCCAGGCUUGUACCCCCUGGGCCCCCCAUCCUUCCAGCCCAGUUCCCCAGCCCCAGUCUGGAGGAGCUCCCUGGGCCCCCCUGCACCACUCGACAGGGGAGAGAACCUGUACUAUGAGAUCGGGGCAAGUGAGGGGUCCCCCUAUUCUGGCCCCACCCGCUCCUGGAGUCCCUUUCGCUCCAUGCCCCCCGACAGGCUCAAUGCCUCCUACGGCAUGCUUGGCCAAUCACCCCCACUCCACAGGUCCCCCGACUUCCUGCUCAGCUACCCACCAGCCCCCUCCUGCUUUCCCCCUGACCACCUUGGCUACUCAGCCCCCCAGCACCCUGCUCGGCGCCCCACACCGCCUGAGCCCCUCUACGUCAACCUAGCUCUAGGGCCCAGGGGUCCCUCACCUGCCUCUUCCUCCUCCUCUUCCCCUCCUGCCCACCCCCGAAGCCGUUCCGAUCCAGGUCCCCCAGUCCCCCGCCUUCCCCAGAAACAACGGGCACCCUGGGGGCCCUGUACCCCUCAUAGGGUGCCGGGUCCCUGGGGCCCUCCUGAGCCUCUCCUGCUCUACAGGGCAGCCCCGCCAGCCUACGGAAGGGGGGGCGAGCUCCACCGAGGGUCCUUGUACAGAAAUGGAGGGCAAAGAGGGGAGGGGGCUGGUCCCCCACCCCCUUACCCCACUCCCAGCUGGUCCCUCCACUCUGAGGGCCAGACCCGAAGCUACUGCUGAGCACCAGCUGGGAGGGGCCGUCCUUCCUUCCCUUCACCCUCACUGGAUCUUGGCCCAACCAAAUCCCUUGUUUUGUAUUUUCUUGAACCCCGACCACUACCCCAGGUUUCUAACUUUGUAACUUGCUUCUGAUGUGGGUCCCUAACCUAUAAUCUCAGCUUCCCUACCCUGGACUGAAGGGUCUGCCCAUCCCCCCACCACCCUCCAUCCUGGGGGCCCUCGCACAAAUCUGGGGUGGGAGGGGCUAGGCUGACCCCAUCCUCCUCUCCCUCCAGGAGCCCCCAGCAUGUCCUGACCUGUGCACGGGGAUGGGGGGACAACUCCUACCCUUCUUUCCCCACAUGCCCCACUAAACCAUCUGACAACAUUAAUGAAUAAAAUGGUGAAAAUGUG